AUGGCUUUUACUGGUGUUGAUUGGGCUGUUGAUCUUGAUGAUAGAAAAUCGGUAGCUGGUUUUUAUGUUUAUUUGGGUGGUACACUAAUUUCAUGGGCAUCCAGAAAGCAACAAGUAGUUUCUUGUUCUAGUACUAAGUCUGAAUAUAGAGCUUUAGCUGAUGGAACUGUAAAAUUGAAUUGGAUUUCUUCUUUGAUGUUUGAACUCAGUUUGUUCCUAAGGAGACCUCCUGUUAUAUGGUGUGAUAAUCUUAGUGCAAAUGCUUUAGCUACUAAUCCUGUUCAACAUACUCACAGCAAACACAUAGAAAUUGAUCUUCAUUUUGUGAGUGAUCAAGUGAUUGCUGGUAAAUUGGUUGUGAAAUAUGUUCCAUCAUCCAGUGAGAUAGCUGAUUGCUUGACCAAAGCCUUGACCUAUAAUCAAUUUUCUGAAUUAAGAAGCAAACUCGAUAUCAGACUAGAAGAGAUGGGAAUCUCUGUAAUCAAACAACUUUGUGAGAAGGAAGAUAUCAGAUUUACAGAUCCAUAUGAAAUAUUGGAUUCAACUACUGGAGACCAAGUGAUGGACCUUGUGAAUACUACUUCUUUAUCAAAGUUACAGGUAGAGCAUUCCCAUGACACCUUCAAAAACCAAGAUUAUGAAAUCACGGAGAUCAUCCCAGAUGACGAUGAGAUUAAUUCAAAGUACACCAACAAUGAUGAACAAUUUGGUACAAGGAUGAUGGAGAAAGAACUAGCACUUAGCAGGAAACGAAUGGUGAUGGGGGAUGACAAUAUUGCUUCUAGUUCAAGUACCUUAAAAUGUACAAAGAGAGGAAGAAAUUGCUCAAUCGAUCAUAAUGACAACGACACAAUCACACCUGAAAUCCAAUUUGCCAAUGCUGCUAGUGAAAUAAUUAAUAAUCAAGGUACUGGUUCUCAUGAACUAGAAGGGAUCUCUACGCAUGUAAGAUCAAAAUACUUAUCGCUCGAUGCUGGAGCAACUGAUCAUUGUGAGCACGUAGUAUUGAUGACAAUAGAUAGCAGCAGCACGAGUCCUGGCUCCAAGUCAGGAAGUGGCCAACCCAACCCACUGAUCAUAUCUAAUAGACCUGUGGUAGAAGUGUUACGGAGAAUUCAAGACCGGAUGGAUAAGCAGCUAGAAGAGAACAAAAGGUUCUUUGCAAUAUCCCUGGAAAUAUCAGAAUGCAGGGAGAAAGAAUGA